AUGUCGCGAGCACUGAAACUGAAGUGUGGCUUGAUAUUUCUGAUGGAUCACCCGAAGCCACGUCAGCAGCAGCAGAGCAAUUGUGAGCAGGUGCAGCAGAAUACACAGCCACGGAGAACAUCUGAUGCACUGGAGGGGCGGCAAGUAGCAGCACCUGUGAGCCCAGAUACAUCUGGUGGCGAGGGUCAGUUCAACCCAGUAGUGCCAUUGCAGGCACCACCGGCGAUGUCUGAAACCUCCCCGCAGGUAGACAUUCCGCAUUCAAGACCGCCACCAUUACAAACCACAAAAGUACCCCACGUUGUGCUCCAGCCACAGAAAGACCAGCGGCAUGGCACAUUGCAACUGUCUCCUGAAGAGUGGCCGACACCCGGAGAGGUGCAGAUACGAGGCCGCCACCGCCGUUCACGAGAGCGCCACUGCCGUUCACGAGAGAAUCGCAACUCACCACAGCAGCAGUGGUCAGCUACGACAUCUCCCAGAACAGUGCAGCACCACAACAAGGACUCCUCUGUGCUCUGCACACAACGGGACACACCUGAUAAGCCAGAGCACCACACGGAAGUGAGUACCACAAAUCAAGAGGAUAUUCAUGCUGCCGAUUCAACUGUAAAAACCUUAGAAGUACCAUCAGAUGCUAGCAACCAGAGGGUAGAACAAAAUGAGGAGGGAUGCAAAGAGGAGGGUAUGCCGACUCAAACGUGCAGCACACCAUCUACCCUGUGUGAAGAGCCUAUUGACGCCUGCCCACAACCCAGCACUGGUCAACAGCAGAUAGAUUACAUACCGGAAGUGAGUACCACAAAUCAAGAGGAUAUUCAUGCUGCCGAUUCAACUGUAAAAACCUUAGAAGUACCAUCAGAUGCUAGCAACCAGAGGGUAGAACAAAAUGAGGAGGGAUGCAAAGAGGAGGGUAUGCCGACUCAAACGUGCAGCACACCAUCUACCCUGUGUGAAGAGCCUAUUGACGCCUGCCCACAACCCAGCACUGGUCAACAGCAGAUAGAUUACAUACCGUCUUCUGGAGUCUCAACACCGGUACCAUUAGCGAGCGAUUCCAAGCCCAGGCCAGACAGAUCCUCACAAUCUCCAACAACUGCACAUUCACCCAGUGAUGCUCUCCCAGAUAAGAAAGACCUUCCAGAUAUGGAUUUGUUAUGUGGACUUACUGUCCAACCAAAUAAAUCAGUUUCAAAUCCAGAACAUUGGAGUACUGACGUGUACCCAUCAACGUUUCAAUUAUCUGAAGUACCGUAUCAAAGGAUAAAUAAUUAUCCUUAUCCAAAUAAUUUACCACCCACGAUCCAAAAAACUGCAUCCACACAUGGAGAAUAUGUUUUGCCAAAUGUUGCAAUGUAUGGAAUCUUUCUGAGACCCAGUGAAGUUUCACCCUAUUACAAUUAUCCAGAUGUACAUAACAACCCUGCAAAGUAUGCCACAUCACCACCAUUUUACUGCCCUCCAUCAUCGCAGAGUGCACCAAUGAACUACUAUCCAGCACCACCCUACCAACCGUGGCCAACACAGCAGCAGUGGGGAAAAAAUGUGGAGCCUCAGUUAGCAGUGAAUCAUCAACACCUGUCUGGAUUACAGCAGCAAACGAUGGAGCAAGGCCAACAAGGGGUGUAUCCACAUCAAACGCCAGUUGGUGACCAAAUACCAGUGCUGCAACAACAUUCACCAGUGGCUCAGCAGCAACAUAUGCUCGUGCCACUUCAAUGGACACCAAACUACCAGACGCCACCUGUGUCCCAGGAAAGAUAUAUGAUGCAGUACCAGCCACCGAGCACACAAUAUGAGCCACAGCAAUUAAUAUCAUCCCAGCAGUACCCACCUCCAACCAUGCAGCAGUACCCACCCCCAACCAUGCAGCAGUACCCACCCCCAACCAUGCAGCAGUACCCACCCCCAACCAUGCAGCAGUACCCACCCCCAACCAUGCAGCAGUACCCACCCCCAACCAUGCAGCAGUACCCACCCCCAACCAUGCAGCAGCAACCACAGUUGCAACAGCAUUUUCCACCUACAAAGAAUGAGCAAUUGGCAUCUCAGCAUUAUCAACCUGCCACCAUCUUGCAGCAGCAGCAGCAGAAAUUUCCAUCUACAGAAAACGAGCAAGUGCCCUCUCAACAGUUACUGGCAUCCCACCAGUACCAAACAGUGUCUCAGCAGCAGAUACUGCAAAUGAAGUCUCAGGUGCCAGUUACCUAUCCAAUGCCAGAAACAUCACAACAGCAGAGUGUGAUCCAGUUACAACAGGGAGUGGUGCAGCAUACGCCACCCGUCUCACAUUUACCUGUGCCUCACAAUUCGACAGAGGAAAAUAAUCAGAAAACUGCUGUGGACCAAGAACAAAUGCUACACCCACCACAACAUCAGAAAUCAAUGACGGACAAGCAGUGUAUACUGUCAACACACAAAGCAUCGCCAGAAGCUGAAGAGAGGCAAGCAGGAGUUCGGGAGACUCACGGACUAGAGAGACCACCUCGCCUGCAGAGGCCUUGGGUGUCAGACGUGGAAGCCGCUAUGAUUCGUGGACAGGCACCGGUCAGGUCACCAGCCCCCAUGGUGUCAGCUACAGCACCUGCCUUACCAAUUCAACCUGACUUCCGGAGACCGCCACCACCUAUCAAAUUUCUGGCCACUGCACAAGGAGUCAAUCAACCCACGAGACCGGCCCCGGCUCAACAGCAUCGUGCCAAUGGUGCCCAUUGGCCAGAACAGUACCAGGUCCCACCCAGGAUGCUGAAUAAUCCACAUGUGAAACAAAAUUGGACAAAUCCACCACCAGUGGGAAUCCCAUCUCGUCGAGGUCGAGGAGGUUCUCUUAUUAACAGUGUUGGUCGGCCAAUACGGGGGCAUGGAGCCAGACUUCCAGGUUUAAAUGGUGGUGACUCUGUGCAGAGGGUCUCUGGUCUGCAGAACCAGUGCUCUAACAUGAAUGGUCACGGUCCAAUGCGAGCAAAACUUCCUCAGAGCAUAAGGAGUGACGCAGCUGUGACUACAUCAAAUGAGAGUACUCAUUUUGAACAACAACGGAAAAACGAUUCACCAAAGGAGCCGUGCAGCAGUUCCUCAAAACUCUACUGCCAGGAAGAAAAUACCAACACACAAAUUCUCGGGCAGGACCAACAUGACUCUGCUGGCAAUGUUAAAACACAAAACUGCAUUCCCAAUCAUCAAGUUGGACAGAAAGUGAAGAAGAAUGAUAAUGAACAUCAUGAUUCUGAUGUAUGGAGGUUAUCUGAAGUACAAGCAGAUAACUGUAUGAGUGAUGAUACUCGGCAGCAAAAACCUAUUGAUGCAAUGCCAAGAGUGCAACCAGUUAUAAUUAGGGAUACUAAUGAAGAUGAAGGUAAUGAUGUGGAUAAUAGUGAAGAAAGUGAUUUUGAAAGAUAUGAGAAAGAAGAGAGAGUUUAUAUUGAUAUAAAUGUAGAUGAGGAGCUGAAAGAUAUGGAACUGAUUCUGAAUUCAUGA